AUGGGAGGACACGACAAUUACUGUGCAAUCUGCGGGACCCCCGUAUCGCAACCAAUAUGGGACGACGAAGACAACAACAACACAGCCGAAGAAGACGAUGAGAACGACAACAACACAGACGAAGAAGAUGACGAGAACGACAACAACACAGAAGAAGAAGAUGACGAGAACGACAACAACACAGCCGAAGAAGACGACGAAUACGACAACAACACAGCCGAAGAAGACGACGAAUACGACAACAACACAGCCGAAGAAGACGACGAGAACGACGACGACGCAGCCGAAGAAGACGACGAAUACGAAUACGACCGAUCGAUCCUCAGCGUCAGGGAUGUCCUCUGGAUGAAUGAUGUGCGGCUCAUCUGCGAGAAUAACGAGGCGACUUCUAUAAAUAAAGUGUUCAUCACCGGUCCCGCUCGUUAUGACGACUCUGGAUUCUUCGACGUCGAGCCGAGCGACCACCCUAAUUUUCCGACAGGGAACCAGAUGGGUUUGGAUAAUCACCAUGAUAGGCAACUGAGUUUGCGCGGGUACGACUGGGGCAACGAGCACCCAUACGCAAUCCCUUUCCACACAAAAUGCUACCGCAUCCUAGAGGCGAGUCUCUCGCCCCACAACCAGAUCCCGCCAAAUGCGCGAGAAGACUACAUUGACGAAGAAGCCCUGUACCUUACGUGGAUGACCUUUGCAAACCAGAGUUCCUUCCAGUGUCUGGCCAGUCGAGACGUCCUUCCGUAUGGGGUUGACACCGAUGAACAGUACUGGGCGGCAAAACGGGGCGAGGAGGCUUUUGUCAUGGAUCCGCUGGAGAUUCCGCUGUUGCUGGCGUAUUAUGAGCAUCUGCCGUUGUUGAGAGAUGCUGAUACAGUCAAGAAAGGUAAGAGCCGUGGAGCUACCAACAAAACGCAACAAGACCCCUUCGCCCGAUUACCCGUAGAGCUGCUGCUCACCAUCGUCGGUCAAUUACCGCUGGCGUCUAUGAAGUGUCUCCAGGUUGCGAGCUCGGCUGUCGCGCGACUCGAACUGAGUAAUGGGUUCUGGAAGCGCAAGAUUCGCCGCGACAUGCCCUGGCUAUUCGACUUGCCUGACCCUGUCCCUGCUCACUGUGACGAAAAUCAAGCGGAAGAGCCCGAUUGGGCCAAGUGCUACGCAGACCUCCUCGAACGUAGCGACCCCAGCAGCCCGCUCCAGAUCCGCGGGCUAGUCAACCGCCGACGAAUCUGGGGUGUCUGCGAGGAGUUUGUCCAGCCCUACGCGACCAGGAAGGCGACGAUCAAUGCGGAUCGCGCGCGGUCGAAAGGGUCCUUACUCGCGAAUGCGGCGUCUACGCCAAUGCGACAGCUUACCUCUAUGCAAGCCGGAAGCGAGUCUUCGGUUCUUCCGCUACUGAAAAACCUGUCAGAUAUCAAACGUGCUUCCGCUUUGCUUGUCUAUUGGUCGAAUGAGGGUGCCUUGUCUGGCUUUGGAUUUCGAUUCAUUAACAAUCCAGAGAAAGAAGGGGAAAUAGAAGCAGAAGAGACCAUCGGGAGCCGUAAACACUUUGCGAAACGCGACGAGGUCAAAAUCCUCAGCAAUGGCUGGAUAAGGGGGUUCGUCGUGACCUCACGCAGCGACCCUACUUCGCUAGACUCUGAGAGAAAAGUCGUCGGACUACAGGUUCUCUUCAUGCAAGGAAAGCCCGUUCAGCUUGGUCAGAGCCCCGGGGACGGAGAUCUCAGGCUGAUCCAUGUGGAGGGCAAUCAUCUGCUAGCCGGCCUGCUCGCGCAUUGGUUGCCUGAAGCCGGCGUUAUCUCAGGACUUUCACUACUCCAAGUAUCGCCAUUUGUACCGGAAAGCCCGCCACUAGCCUUGGAACUCGCGCAAAACCAAGGGUACACGCAAGAGGCCGAUACCGAGAUUACUUCGCGGCUCUGGAAAGGUAUCACCCUCCCACCACCAUGGCUCUCUCUCUCCCCGGAGAAAUUCGGGUACUGGACAUCGGACUUCAAACUCGACCUCGCGCCAAUGGAACCCCUCUUGUUUGGCUGGGACGACGCCGAACUGUCCGAAAUUACGGAAUUCGCCGGCGAUGUGCACUUCGGCGCGUUUGAGAUCCGCUACUCGAACAAGCCGCCCAAGUCGAUUGGCCCGCGGCCGCUGACGAUGAAAUCACUUUCGAUCGAUGGCGCUGGUGGGGAGCGGAUUGUGGCGGUGGCUGUCGUUGUCUCGCAUAUCACGGUUGGUGUUCGUGUCAUUACGAGCUACAACCGACAACUUGUCCUGGGAUCGUGUCGGCCUGAUGAGUCCGGUGAGACUGUGUAUGCUUCUACCGGAGAGAAGACCCUCAGUGGGAUAUACUGCCACUGGACGGAUCGCGGAAGUCCAAAGGCUAGAUUGGAGUGCCUUGCUGGGAUGUUUUCAACUCCCCUAGAAGCGAACAUAACACCACCAGAGCUACCACCGCCGACAGGGCCUCAAGACACAAACGCAACCAAUCCCAGCCACACGCACUGGUGGGAACCGUCCCCACCACCAGGCACCUGGGCUGCUGCAGGCCCCAUCCACGGCUCCUUCGAACCACCAUCCCACCCUCUCUGCCAAAGCACCGCAUACCCCUCCCCGAACGCGUGCACAGCAUGGCUCGACUGCACGAUGCUCCCCGUGCACAAAGUCCGCCUGAACUACGCGCACCCGUCGCAGCAUUUUCCGUUUUCGGUCGCAAGUCUCGUCUUCGAGUAUAUGGAUGGGUCGAUCGGGAGUGUCGGGCCGACGAGGCUUAGCGCGCCGACAGAUAGUGAAGGUGAUAAGAGUGGUCCAUGGUGUUGGUGUCAUCUGGACGGGGGUUGCUCGGAGUAUAAGGCUGAGCGUGGGAAAACAACGCAUUAUCAUAGUGGAGAGGAGUGGGUUCUCGAGGGUGGUGCGAUGCUGGAGGCGUGCCGGAUUUGGGUGGACGGCAGCGCUGACGGCGGCAGUAGCUGUGGUCCACUUAGAGGUCUCCAAUUCGUUUCAGUCACUGGCGAAGAAAGUCCCCGUUGGGGAACAUGCGAUGGUUCAGCGACGGCUGUGAUUCGGUUCGAUUCCGGGGAGGUGAAUUAUGAUCAUGAUGGCGAUUGCGAUGGCAAUGAUCAGAAAGCAGUCGGGUUAAAGAUCUUCUUGGAUAGUAAUGGGAGGGAAGUCACUUACCCUGAUACCAUUAUCGUUGGGAUUCAGGCUUUGGUGGAGGGUUAG